AUGGAAAGUGGAGUUAUUACUGACUCGCAGAUCAGUGCAUCGUCCGUGUACAGUAAUCAACAUGUCCCACAAAAUGCCAGGUUACACUUCAAGGGGGCCAAAGCCCCGUUUGUACCUGCUGGCUGGCGAGCUGGUGAGCGAAACACCAACCAGUGGCUUCAAGUGGAUCUUCAGCAAACCACAAGGGUAAUAGGCAUAGCGACGCAAGGGAGACAUGAUUACGAUCAGUGGGUUACUAAAUACAAGCUACAAUAUGGCGAUGAUGGACAACCUUACAGUGUCUACAGGCGAAACGGAGACAUAUCAGACACGGUAUAAACGAGAAUGACUUUUUGAGCAAGAUGCUUUUUUUCCUUUUUGCUGCGAGGGUGAACCAAAGAAAAACAAUUAAGAGUUUCCAUGAGUUAUAGAACCUCAGAGAUUCGAAUUCUGCGCUUCAAUGCCCUAACGCUACGCCAUAGCGACUUUACAGGCAGCUGAGCCAUUACAAGGUUCAGCUGAGCUAUUACGAGGUCCAUCAUAUGUUCAAACAUGAGCUUUUCUCUUUUUGCUUUUUGUGAAGUCGAGAUACUUGAGAACGCUAGAGAACGAGUAGUAGAAUUUAGUGAGAUCAAACUGUAUUAGUUUAUAUCUAUAUUUAUGUUUGAUUGCUGAUAAACAUGUAGAAAAGCAUCUACUAAGGUUCUAGGUUUAGAGUUAGCGCUCCUGUGUAAUGCAUAGCUUCGUCAACUUUACAUCCCACAAUAUUCUACUCAGGUUUUCCCAGGAAACACUGACAGGGACACAGUUGUGUAUCACGAUAUUGACCCGGUCAUUGAUGCUUGCUUCGUUCGAGUUCUUCCGAUGGAUUGGAUUGGCGCCAUCGGAAUGAGAAUGGAGCUUUACUCUUGUCAAAGUAAGUUACUGGCUGGAUUAUUGUGCUUCACUCUAAGAAAUGAUAACCAUAAAACUUCUCCCUUUAAUAUAAAGAAAAACACCAUUCAACUUGGCGAAAUACGAGACAAUAGCGCGCGUACACGACGCGUUCUAUCCGCUUACGCAGGUUUCACGUGUUUCUUAUAACAUCCUCUUCAACUGUCCUAUUACACUGUCCAAUUACAAGCAUGAUGCGUACACUGUCCUCUAAGUGAUCAAAUAAGGCUAGUGAUAACGAAAUACCUUCCAACAUUUUUUCAUUCUUUUGAUUACAUACGUCAUUGCAAUAUGGCAGUGAAGCUCAAACAUUUUAUAUGGCAUCCCCAACCCUAACCCUAAACCCUAAACCCUAGCCCUAACCCUGACCUAACCCUAACCCUGAGCAAUUUUUUAAGUAAUGAACAUGUAACUUCUUUUUAGCGUUUAUUUUCAGAAUACGUCAUCCAGCGAGCAUACAGAUGAAAAGAUGAGACGAAUCUAUCAGCUGAUAGGCACUUUUUCUGAUAGAGCACCAAAUUUUGUGAACUUGCACUAUGUCUACUGCUAAACGUAUAAUAGCUGAAAGGAUGAAUUUUCAAUCAAAUCUUGAAAGUCUAACGGUUAAGGCGGGGGAACUGAAAUAAAUGGCAUUGAACUAUAUUGUGCGUGCUCGCUUAUGAUGUUUUGUCUCCAUAUUUUCUUAUUUGUAGACGAAUAACAGAAGUUUACGAAGAAUAUCACUGUGAUGUAAUCCCUCCUUUGCUGACACGAUGUAAUCCUUGUUUGUGGGCUACAAAGUGCAACACCUACUUGACUGAUGCACCAAUUAAUUAUCGUUAUUAAUAACAGAUUGAAUAGUAGUUUAAGCGUAUAAGUCAUUAUUAUUAAUGAUGUGAGCGAAAUGCACCAAUGGCAGCACAUAAAAACGCACCUGUGAAAACGAACGAACGAAUAUUCUCUUUUUGGAGCCUCAUGUUCAAUUAACCUCAGUGCCUGACGAAGACCCAAGGUGUGGUGUUCGAAAUAUAGCUUAUGUUUAGAUGGCCUCGAUGAAAACCAAGGUAGUGUCUUGUAAUAAAAUAUGUAAUUUUUCAUGGUCUCUUAACUACUUCAACAAUGUAAUUGGUUUUGUUUCGUUUGAAGUGGAUACAUAAGUCAGUAUUCAUUAUGAAAAGAGCGGCAAGGAACCUCUGAUGAGUUGGCAUGCCGUUAAAACGUGUUUACCAAUUGUUUUAGUUAAACCUGCCAAAAUGCAAAUGAAUAUCGCGUGUGAGUGUAUACUCAGAUAGCCAGAGAUAUUAUGCUUUGGAAUUGUUGAAAAUUAAUAGCACAGUAAAGGAACUUUGUACAGCUGUUAAGGUUCAGAAACUGGUAUUACACUUCUUAGAGCGAAACUGGUAUUGAUUAAUAAUUAUAAUAAUAAUGAUAAAAAAUUGAUAAUAAUAAUAAUAAUAAUAACAUGAUUAAAAAUUGGCAUUGAACACCUUGGCUCUUCUAGUCCGCAACAGGAAAAUAUUACAAGUCCUUAAUUUUUCGCGACAGACGAAUCUGAGAUUAAUAUGAUAAAAAUAUUUCAUUUAUAUAAUGCUAUUUCUAUCGCUAUCCAAUAGCGCUAUGCAAUGAUUUGAAAAUAUCUCACGUAGAAAUAUCUAGAACAUGAGUACGAUAAACUAACUAAUAAAAUAACUAAGCUGUCAAAACUAGUAUAAAAACUAAGAAUAAUAAAACCUCGUAAUGAAAUUUACUAACUAACUACCUACCUACCUACCUAAAGAACUAUUUAACUGACGAACCAAUAGUAAAAUAUCUGGUUAAAAAGCUUUCCUAAAAAGAUGUGUUUUAAGAUUGCGCUUGAAUUGCAACAAAUUGACGCUUGAACGGAUUUCCAGCGGCAGUGCGUUCCAGAGUUUAGCCGAGGCUACAGAAAAUGAUCUUGAACCAUAUCUGGUAAGUUUGUAAACAACGUCAACCAAACGAUGGCCAUUAAUUGAUCUUAAAUAGCAUCUGGGCACAUAUUUUGUUAUAAGAUCGCAGAGGAAUGUUGACGCUUAGCGGUUCAAGCAUUUAAAUGUCAAUAAAAGAAUCCUAAAACAAUGUGCUCUUCAAUAGGCAACCAGUGGAGUUUACAAAGUGCUGAUGUUUUAUGAUCACAUUUACGCGUAUGAGUAACAAUCCUGGCUGCUGCAUUUUGAACGCGCUAUAGUUUCCUGAGUGAUUCCUUUGGUAGACCAUACAAAUAUAAGUUGUACGGAUGAUGUACUGAUAUAUAAUAAUACUGAUAAAUAUUGUAAUAAAAUACAGAUACUGUAUCAGUGUUCUCCCUUAUUUUAAGCAUGACAGGUAAAAUAAAUUUUCAAACCGGUAAAGCAAUCCUUUUACCUGUUGAAUUUCAAGAAUUCCAAGCGAUUCUAAACGGUAAUAAGAGGCACUACAGGCGGUAAAUGUUACCGGUUACCGCCUGAAAAGGAGAACACUGGAUACUACAAUAGACUGACACUAAAUUAAAGAAUAGUUCCCUUGUUUAAAGUCACUGAAUUGACCUUAAUGCUCACACUUAGCGUUUAUAGGAGUUCACGCAUUUUACAUCGCGUUACUUUAACUUUUAGCAGUGAUAAAAAUGAAACUUAUCCUUAGGUUCUUAAUACAUAACCUUAAAGCAGGCGAGAAAAUGAGAUGAAUCUAUCAGCUGAUGGGUUUUGUAUCUGAUUAAGCAUCAAAUUAUCUGAACCUGUUUACAAAUAAAAGUAUAGGAGCUGAAAGGAAGAAUUUUCAAUCAGAUCCUGAGAGUCUAACGGUUAAGGCAGGAGAAUUGAGAAAAACGGCCAAAACUAUCUUGUACGUUCUUAUUAAUACUGUUUUUUUUCUUAUUACUUUUCAUUUUGUAGCCGAAUAACAGCACUUUAAAAAGAAUGUCACUGUGAUUUAAUCCCUCAGUUACUGACACGAUGUUGAUGAUUUUGGUUUCCGAGAAUAGUAGCUGCUAGACUGAUUAGCUAGUUAAUUUUUGACAGUUUUAGCUUAAUAGUCUUUCUGAUUCAUGAUAGAAGCAAAACGCACCCGUGGCAGCACAUUAAAACGCACCUGUAAAAACGAACGAACAUGCUCUUUUGGAGUCUCGUGUUCUGAAUCGACAUCAAUUUCCAACCAAGACAUCAUUUCAGUCUUCUAUUUUGCGCAGACAUUAACCACUGUGUAGAAAACCCUUGUCUAAAGGGUCGAUUGUGCAGGAAUAUUGCUAAUGAGUACAAGUGCACCUGUUCUGAUGGAUACACCGGCAGCCAUUGUGAUCAAGGGGGAUGGACGGCUUUUUUAUACUAAACGGAUAUACUACCGCCAUUAGAGCGACAACGUUAAGGACGCUAGAUCGUUGUUUUAUUUUUAUCCAUCCUUUUGUUUUUAUCCGCUUUUGCAGAAAUACCACAAUAUUCUCUGAUAUGCAGAUGUUGUUGGGAUAUUUUACGUAUAGAUCUAAUCUUUGGAGUGUGUUAGUUCGCAGCACGAACUGCCGCGCCAUGUUCAACUUCUUGACAGCUUACAUACUGUGAUUGAAAAUAACAACAUUGCUUACAUAAACUUUUUAAAAUUAGUUCAGUUUCCGACUUGGGCAUACAAAGGCGACUUCACUGAAAGCUAACCUAACCUAACUUCUUUGAAAUUGCAAACUGUUGGAUGCUAAUCUUACAGAAUGAAAGAUUUGAAGGUGAAUCCUGAUAGUCGGCUAACAUGUAAGUUAAAGCGAUAUAAGACAAAAGAGUUUUCAUUUUCGGCAGAUGUCGAGAGUUAAGAGAGAUCAGCCGCUUAUUUUUGCAGAGUUUGAUUGGGAGUAGAAUCGCAUUUAUCCUCGACUCAAGUAUGACUGGCUAUGUGUAGUUUACUACAAAGUGUGUUUUCUUUAUGAGAAUAAGUGUUGGUUACGAAGAGAGUUUUUCUUUUAAGACAAUAAGUGCUGAAUAAAUUAUAAAGAAACUGCCGGAUACCAAUUACCAUUCCAACAACUGCAUUGAAGCUUCCAUAGUUUACAACCACAGCAUUUGAAUGAUAACAAUUGAUAAAGUGGAUCUGAAAUUUUAACCGGGUAUCAAUUAUCAUCUUCACAAUGGCAGUAAGGCCUUUCGAGUUGACCAGAACAUUUAAAUGACAACAACUAAUAAACUAGAUUUGAAUUUUAAGGGGAGGCGAAAUUCACAGUUUUGUUUUGUUUUUGGUUUCUUUCCUUGAAUAAGAUGAUAUAUUUCAGUGUUUAUUAAGACAGAAAUGGCUGACGAAAUUAACACUUCACACGGACAAAUAUAUUUCUCUUUAACAUUUACUUAACGAUUACAAUAUUAAUUAUUCUGUUAUUCAGCUCUCAGAGCAUCCUUUCAAUUAGCCCGUCCAUUGUCAUAAUGGAAAGAAAUGUAUUAAAUAAACAUCUAUGGACUCCUUUUAAAUCAAUUAAAAUCUUCCCGAAGCUGUUACAAAGUUGACUAUACGCACCGAAGGCGGAAGUAUCGACCGAAAAAAAUCUGAAAUGAAUUUUUUUCUGUGUGCUAUUUUAAUUGUGUUAUUAUUGUCCGAGGUCAUAGCAUCUCAAGCAUUUAUUUGUAAGGAAGCGUCUCUUUCUUGUCCUGUGAUAACUCGCAAUCAUCGCCGACUCAAAGGCUUUACGUUCAAAACAUUUCACUUUGCAAGCCUGAUAUCCUGUGGUUUGCUAUGUCAGAGAGACCCUCGAUGCGUUUCAACAAAUUUCAGAAAAGUUUCCAAAACUGAGGGAACCUGUGAGUUGAACGACAGAGGAGUCUUCCCUCUUGAGGAAGGAAAAGAACUGGAAUAUGACGAAGAAGCUAUUUACACUCAAUUGUACGUCAAAAAGGUAACAAAAAUUUGUCUUAUCUAUUUUAAGUAAUGAUCCAUGCAAGAGUUGGGCAUCUUAAAAAAGUGUGUAUGUGUCUAUCUACUGGAACACAUCGAAAUAAAAGACGGAAAAGCUACGAUCUUCUCUUUGUCACGAGAAGGGAACUAGCUUACUGAUGAAUUCUCUGUUAGAGGAAUAUCAGAACACGAAAGCCUCUGACCUGAGAUUUUAUUUUAUUCUUGACAUCUCAGUCUCGUAAAUACUUAUCUUUUCGACGUUAGAAGUAAACAUUUAUCAUCUGUCUCAUCUGCAUGAGUAAUGCGUCUAUCCCUUGAUCCCUGUCAAGUUAUAGUAAGGCGCAAUGUCGGGUUUUCAUCUCUAUUUAUAAAUGCGAGUGGAGAAUGAUUAGCGGCGUUACUGCGAAUGUUGACAUAAAAAUAUAAAAUAGGCUACUUUCCAAAUUUUCUGUAUCUUUAAAGAAAUGAUACUUGCAAAGUGCUCCGAAGCACAAUAAGAUUAAUUGUGUUGAGCCUUCUCAAAUGAUUUUGUGGAUUGAAAGAGGGUAACAUUUAUUUGAGACACAAAAUUGUAGUUUUAGCUUUAGGCUAAAAAUUUAAAGAUGAGUUUCUAUUUGAUGAUUAACAAGGAUGACUAGUUGAUUUCUUGAUUAAAAAAGAAAUAAAUAUUUUCAUGUCUGAGCAGCAUAACUGUCAAGUUUUCAAGGAAGAGUUUAAAGUUGUCAGCUACAAAUGUAAGUAGGGCAGAGUAGAAAAAUAAUCUUAAAAUUAAUGUCUAAGACCCUGCACUUACACCACUGAGGAGUUACUCGCCUCUUGUUUUUGUGUCAAGAGGCCUCCCGUCAAUGAGUGUCCCAUCGUGGUGAACCUGCCCGAACCAUUUCUGGACCUUAUCUGCCACCUUCAAAGUCCUCGAAUGUGGUUUUAAAAAAAAUUAUUGAACGGGAAAAUACUGCGAGGGUCAUUGCUGAACAAAAAUAAAAGAUGAAAAUAAUAACAAGCUGUCUAAGACGUUGAAGAUCUGUAUUUUCCCAAUUAAAAGUUAUUCUUAAUUUCAAAUAAAGUUUGCCUACGGCGACACAUUAAGCACAUCUAGGGAUUUUAUGAGACAAUCCCUAUCCGAAAAAACCUCUAGAUACUCCGAAGGUGCCGCGGUAUUAUAUACCGUCCGGGGGUACGAGAUGACCUUAACCAUGACUUGAAGUUUAGAGACUUUUAAUAUACGGAGAGUUCUUACCUGUUAAUUUUUUUCUUAUUUAAAUCCUUGAAGAGAAGUCGAAACUUUAAACUGCACUGAUUUUUAUAUUUCUGUUCAAAUGUUGAAAACAUCUGCAAUCAGCGGUAAACUUGUCAAUAUGUGUGAUUGUCUUUCUCUGUCUAAAAUACAUGUGUGGAAUCACCAAAAGGCCCAGUUCCCUUAGGUAUGGAAAAUGGAGUUAUUACUGACCCGCAGAUCACUGCAUCAUCUAUUCAUAAUUAUAAGCAUGGCUCGCAAAAUGCAAGGUUACAUUUCAAGGGAGACCCGUUGACGUUUGUAUCUGCUGGCUGGGCAGCUGGUCUGCUAAACACCAACCAAUGGCUGCAAGUAGAUCUUCAGCAUAUCACAAGUGUAAUAGGCAUAGCGACGCAGGGGAGACAUGAUUUAGAUCAGUGGGUUACUGAAUACAAGCUACAAUAUGGCGACGAUGGACAAACUUACAGUGUCUACAGUCGAAAUGGAGACACAUCAGAAACGGUAUGAAUACUAAUGACUUUUUGAACAAAAUGUUUUCUUUUUUUCUUGCUGGGAGGGUGAGACAACGAAAAACAAUCAAGAGUCCCUAAGAGCAAUAGAACCUGAGACCUUAGAAUUCUUCGCUCCAAUGCACUAACGCUACGCCACAGCCACCUGACAGGCAGCUGGACUAUUACGAGGUUCAUCAUAUAUUCAAAUAUGAGCUUUUCUUUUUCGCUUUUGGUGGGUCUGAGACGAGUAGUAGAAAUUAGUGAGAUCAAACUCUGUUAGUUUAUAUCUAUAUUCAUUUUUGAUUGCUGAUGAACAUGUAGAAAAGCAUCAACUAAGGUUCUAGGUUUAGAGUUACCGCUCCUGUGUAAUGCAUACAUUCGUCAAUUUUACAUUCCUUAUUAUUCUACUCAGGUUUUCUUAGGAAACACUGACAGGAACACAGUUGUGUAUCACGAUCUUAACCCGGUCAUUGAUGCUCGUUUCGUUCGAGUUCUCCCGAUGGAAUGGUAUCUUUACAUCGGAAUGAGAAUGGAGCUUUACUCUUACUCUUGUCAA